AUGGCUGGUGGUGGGCGGAAACCCGCCGCUCCGCAGAAGAACUCCGAUGCGCCGCACAGCACCGCUCUGCGCCGCUCCACGCGGGCAGCAGCAGCAGCUUCCGCCGCGGCUGGUCGUUCCGGCGCUCGCGGCGACGGCGCCGCCGCUGACGACGCCGCGAUCGUCGCCGCGACCGACGGAGAAAACGCGGAGGCGGAAGGCGCGGGGAAAAGGCGCGCGGGGAUCAAGCGCGCGAGAGAGGUGCCCAGCGGGGGUGGGAAGGCGGAAGCGGGGAAGGUGGGGGGAGGCUGGGCAGGGGGAAGGGCGCGGUCAGUGGGGAGAGGGGGCGCAGUAGCGGCGGGUAAAGGGAGAAGGGGGAAAGCUGCAGAGAUGAGUGACGAUGAAGAGGAGGAGGAGGAGGAAGAAGAGGAAGAGGAGGAGGAGGAGGAGGAGGAGGAGGAAGAGGAGGAGGAGGAGAAGAAGAAAGGGGGAAAGAGGGGAAGACCCGCAGGGUGGCGUGGUCAGCAGGCUAAGGGAAGCAAGCCAGUAGAAUCAGGACACGUGGAGUCACAAGAGCCAGAGUCACAACCGUUAGAGUCACAACCAGAAUCACAACCAUUGGAGUCACAGGAAGGUAACGAGGAGGGCAGAAAGGGGAAAGAAGCCGUCACUGGCGGGCAGGUGAAAAAAGGUCGUGGUAAGGCCGGGCAGAAGAAACCUGGGCAGAUGACGAAAAAAGAGCAGAUGGAGAUAGCUAAGCGAAUGGAAGCAGAUGCCGAAGCCAGUCAAGAGCCUUGGAAGGUUCUGGUUCACCGAAAGCUGCAACCUGAUUGGUUCCCGUAUGAUCCCAAGACCAUGAGGAAAGCUGACGUGGAUGGGGAGGGGAGUGAGCUGGCGGGGGAAAGAGAGGGAGCGGAGGAAGGAGGGAAGGAAAGGGAGAAGGGAGGAGGAGGGAAGAAGGUAUGGCGUCUUGUGUCUUGGAAUGUGAAUGGGUUGAGAGCGUUGCUUAAAGGUGGGGAGGGGGAAGGGGAUGGGGAGGGGAGCGGAGGGAAGAGCACAGACAAGGGGAAGGGGAAGAAGAAAGGGGGAAGGGGAGCAGGCAAGGGGAAAGCGGGCGGAGGGGAGGAGGGAGAAUCACAGGAUCCAGCUGGCGAGUCGCAGGAUCAGGUGGCUGCUGACGUGGCGGCUGACGUGUCUCCUGACGUGGCGGCUGAGGCGACCGCGCUGUGCCGAUUGGCCGAGAGGGAGCAUGCUGACGUGGUGUGCCUGCAGGAGACGAAGUUGCAGGAGAAAGACGUGGGGGAGAUUCAGAAGGCUCUGUCUCCCUCUUUCCCGCACUCCUUUUGGAGCUGCAGCACGGCUAAGCUUGGUUACUCUGGCACUGCUGUUCUGUCUAAGCUUGGUUACUCUGGCACUGCAGUGCUCUCCAAGGUGAGUGGGGCAGAGAGUGGGCCUCGGUAG